CUAGAAUAAUUAAAUAAUUAGUAUUUACUUUCAGUGAAGAUAAUCAUGUGGAAAACAAUAAUUCUUCUCUCCAUCAUGAUUUGCAGUGCUGUUGCUGAUUUCCCAACAAAUUGUUCUUUCGAAGACACUGUGGGCAAGUGGACGUUUUUUAUCACUGAUACCAACCAUGAUCAUACUAUCGACUGCAACGAACCAGUUGAAGUGAAAACAACGUUGUCUUUGGAGCUUCUGUUUCCAAACAAUGUUGUAGACCAGCAUGGAAAUGUAGGAACCUGGACAAUGAUAUAUAACCAAGGAUUUGCAGUUAUAUUGAACGGACGUCGCUUCUUCGCAUUUCAAUUUUUCGACCAUAUCGGUCCCGUGAAAAACAUCACUAGUUUUUGUGACAAAACCUUCAAUGGCUGGGUGCAUGACAGUGUGUCAGAUAAUACCUUUCCUCCGAAAAAUUGGGGAUGUUAUUAUGCUAAGAAGCAGACACCUACAAAUCCGAAAUUGACCACAAUCUCCAACCAUAAGACGGCAUUUUCACAUCAAAGUUAUGGUCUUCAGCAGGAUUUAGUUGAUCAGAUCAACCAUCAGCAAACAUCAUGGAAGGCGGGUGUAUAUAAAGAAUUUGAAAAUGCAACUCUUUACGAUAUGCUUCGUCGAGUGGGAGGGAGUAGUAAUCUUCCCCGUAUCAAACCAAGUAAAAUCACACCUGAUAUGGAGAAAAUGGCGUCUGAUUUACCUGAACAGUUUGAUUGGCGGAACACGAAGGGCGGUGAUUUUGUUUCUCCUGUAAGAAACCAAGGUCAAUGUGGAAGCUGCUACGCGUUUGCUUCGAUGGCAGUCUUAGAGGCGAGCGUCAGGAUCGGAACAAACAAUGCAAAACAGCCAGUAUUUUCGCCACAGAAUAUUGUAGCUUGCUCAAAUUAUUCGCAAGGGUGUUCGGGAGGUUUUGCGUAUCUUGUUGCUGGGAUGUAUGCUCAGAAUUUCGGUGUGGUAUCUGAAGAAUCUUAUCCCUAUGUUGGAAAUGAUACCAAGUGUGAUGGCUCUAAAGGAGGUGCAAGAACUUAUGUUUCUGAUUAUGGUUAUGUGGGAGGAUUCUAUGGUGGAACUAACGAAGCACUGAUGAGGGUAGCUUUACUGAAAUAUGGUCCUCUGGCCGUCGGUAUCUAUACCUAUCCGGAUUUCUUUCAAUAUAAAGGCGGUAUAUAUCAUCAUACCGGGUUGAAGAGUAAUUUCAAAUUUAAUCCUUUCGAAGCAACCACCCAUGCUGUGCUCGUUGUCGGAUACGGUGUGGAAAACAACGAGAAAUUCUGGAUUGUCAAAAACUCAUGGGGUGCUAACUGGGGAGAGGAGGGAUAUAUCAGAGUACGUCGAGGUACUGAUGAGAUUGCUAUUGAAAGCGUUGCUGUUUACGCCAAAGCUUUUGUUGGUUAAUUUUAAUUCUCGUCUGUUUAUUGGUUAGUUUUUUUGUCACGUGAAUUUUACAUAGAAUAUUUUUGAACAAUUA